UCACAAAAUUUACGGUAUGCGUGAAAAUAUCACAACUAACGGAUUUGUCUGUUUAGAAUUCAAGGCAAGUGGGAAAUACGUGGUAGAUAUUGAUGCUGAGGGUUACCCCACAACAUGGGAUACAGAUGAUACAUUAGUUAAAAUCCACGCUCACGGUCAGAGAUGUUCAAUAAAUAACGUCACACCGGACCUAAGAUUAAAGCAGGUUUCACAUGUCACUCGGAAUGCAUUAUAUGCGUUUAGACUGGAAGCUAACUACCUGAACGCUGGUGACCACAUAGGAUUAUACAGAGCCGAAGAAGACUAUGACAUACAACGUGACGGAAAUCAACUAGGGCCUGAGAAAGCGAGGGCAGAAGCAUUGGCAGCAUGUCGGUGUUCAAGUCACAAUGUGAAAACAUGUGAUCACAUGGUACCUACAGGUGCUGGAAUACACAUUUCUUGCUAGCUUGAAGUUAGAAUCGCACCUUCUUGGAUAAAAAUCCAAUUAUGACACCAAGAUAUCGAACUGUCCAAAGAAUAUUGUGAAAUGGAGGUUGAGUAUAAAUGGAGUCCACAACACUGACUAACAAAGAACCUGGGGGGGGGGGGGUGGGGGGUUGGUGAAAAAAACGUUGAGAUGCUGGCUGUAUCGCUUGAUUAUAGACUAUACUGAUUAAAUAAACUAUUUUACCUAUUUGUAACUCCCUUAUCUACAC